AGUGUGCGCUGUGGCUCUGCAAGGGAACUUGGGGAGACAACACUCUUUGUAAGACUUAGUUAUAGAAAUUAAUCUUAGAAAGUGAUUUAGCUGUAAAAUGAAUAUUCUUGAGCGAAAUAAUAUAUUGAACGUCGGUGACAAAAUCGAGCGAAGGAAGUUAAUUUGCUGGCCGAGCUCCAAGUACCUGUCGCACAUAACCGCCGCGUCAAGCUGGUUCGCCAUGGAAAUAAAGUUGCCACAACUUGUAAGUUUAAUGGAUGCUACGAUUCUGGAAGGAAUCCACGUCCUUGCAUCGCAAGUCCAGUCAAUAUGGCCUACAAAAGGAAUGUUUCAUCAACAAAUACAUGUGGUAACCCAGCUAGUGGGUUCUGUGAGCUUGGCCCUGGACAAAAGUGCUUUGAGUGUGAUGCUAAUAAAACAGAUAAAAGGCAUUCUCCAGUAUUCAUAGUUGAUAAGGAAUUUGAUACUCCAUAUUUCCUUCAAGAUGUAACAUGGUGGCAGUCUCAAACAUGGUGGGACACAAACCAACUUGGAAUGUCAAACCAGUUCAAUCCUUUGAAGGUAAACAUAACACUGUCUUUUGGCAGAAGGUUCCACAUAUCUGGUGGUAUCAUAGUGAGAUUUUACAAUGAGAGACCAAUGGCCAUGUUUCUGGAAAAGUCAAGGGACUAUGGUAAAACAUGGAAAGUUUUACAGUACUUUGCUUUUAAGUGUCCCUUGUAUUACAACAUGGAUGAAAUGGAACCUGUUCCGAAGAACAAUCUAUUUGAAGCAACCUGCACUGAGGAUUACAGUGGACAGUUCCCACCAAGAUAUGGAAAGGUGGAGUACAGAUUUGAUAAACGCUAUGAUGACAGUUGUCGUUACUUUGAUGAAGAGAUCCAGAAUUUCAUGUUAGCAACAAAUGUACGAGUCAGACUUGAAUAUCCUUACACAGAUGGCCUUGAAAAAGUAUUUCAGACUGAGGAUGUACUCAACAAGUAUUAUUAUGCAAUCUCAGAUAUUGUAAUAACAGGACGGUGUGACUGUAAUGGGCAUGCACAAUAUUGUACAGGACCACGCAUGGAGGAAACAUGUGAAUGUGAGCAUAAUACAAUGGGACAGGAUUGUGAAAUGUGCAUACCAAUGUUCAACAAUCGUCCAUGGAUGCCAGCAAAUGCGAGUCAUGCAAAUGAAUGCAAAGAAUGUGAAUGUAAUAACCAUGGAUUGUCCUGUAUAUACAAUGAUACUCUGGGCUACGGUGUUUGUACCAGUUGUCAACACAAUACCAAAGGAUCACAAUGUGAAGCAUGUUCACCAAAGUACUAUAGGAAUGCAAAUGUGCCUUUACAAGAUCUAAACACAUGCAUUGCUUGUAACUGUUUCCCAGAAGGUAUUACAAAUGAUGGUACAUGCCUGCAGGAGGCAACACCCACGCAGGUGAUUGGACAGUGCCGGUGUAAGGAGAAUGUGUUUGGACGACAGUGUGAUCAGUGUAUUCCAGGAUACUGGGGUUACAGAGGAAAUCCAGCUGGUGAAUGCAAAGCCUGUGGAUGUGAUAUCUUGGGAACAGUGAACAACACUUUACAGUGUGACCAGUAUACUGGGGACUGUCCAUGUAAGGAAUCUGUACAGGGCAGGUACUGUGUGGAAUGUAAAGAUGGCUUUUACCUGUUUCCACUAACCAAGGAUUCAGAUUGUCUAAGGUGUCCCUGUGAUUUAGGUGGGGCAUUCCCUCGAUGUGACAAAUUGUCAGGCACCUGUUCUUGCCGCCCUGGUGUAGAAGGAAGCGAGUGUGAAAGAUCCCAGCAGGAACAUUUCUAUCCAUCCUUGGACUUCAUCCAGUUUGAACUAGAAGAUAUGCAUGGUACCUUCACAACUUUGACUCCAUCUGAGGGUUAUGGAGUAGACUUCAGUGGGCAUGGUUUUGCCAUUCUCUAUACAGGGCAAUAUGCCUACAUUGAUAAUGCCAAAGUGUUAGCCAGCCACCAGUUCUAUGCAGUUCUUCGUUACAGUAUCACCCAAAGUUGUACAUUUGAUUUUUCUGCGAAGCUUGUAUUGGGCAUCACAAGUACUGGCCAAAAUACCAGCAUUGAAUUUGAUCUUUUAAUGGAGAAGCAACCAGAAAGAUCAGGGAAAACAUGGAGGUCACCUCAAACUGUAACACUAUUGACUGGCAAAGUCUACAACCUCUCACUGACAUAUAACAGUAUCAAUGACAUUGAGAACUGCUCUGUUCAUGUUGACUCACUGGUCUUUCUUCCUGAUGUAAAUACUACCAGAGCUUAUACUGAGUCAGAAAGAGACACUCAAGAUCAGUUACAUAGUUGUGCUCAAGCUUCUUUGUCUCUGGCAGCAUCAGAGCCAGCUUACUGCAACAAACUGGUGUUUGCUGCAAGUACAGAAAUCUAUAAUGGUACCUUGGCCUGCAGGUGUAAUCCUGUUGGUAGUGUUAGUGGUACACAAUGUACAGCUUAUGGAGGCCAGUGUCAGUGUCACCCAGGAGUUGUGGGACGUAUCUGUGACUCCUGUGAUAAUGGAUACUAUGGAUUUUCUUCAACAGGAUGUAAACGUUGUCAGUGUUCUAAUGCGGGGUCUUUGCAUUUUGCCUGUCAUUUGACAACUGGAAAGUGCCAGUGCAAGGCCAAUGUUGAAGGACACAACUGUGACAUCUGUAAAGAUGGCUCCUUUAAUUUGGAUAGUGCUAAUGAGCAGGGAUGUCUGUCUUGUUUUGGUUAUGGCAGAGCGAGUAGUUGUAAAUCAGCUAGUAGAUUUGUUGCAUCAGCCAUAUUAAAUGAAUUUGAAAAUAAAACAGAGUUUGAUUGGGUGGUGGUAAACAGGACAGGUGAUGUGAUUCCAUUUGUUGACUCAGCAUCCAAUGGCUUGGUUGUUACCUCUGUUCUUGUGCCACCUGUAAUGUACAUUAGUGCACCUUCCUUAUUUCUUGGAACACAGUUCAGGUCAUAUGGCCAGAGACUACAUGUCAAAAUAGACAUCAAAGAUCCUGGUAAUGGACAAAACCCGGCUGCAGCAGAUGGAGAUGUCAUCCUGGCCAGUGGCUCUAAAGAAGUGGCGCUCAACUUUAUUCCCUCCCCCUCUCCUAACGUCUCGUCAUAUCACGUGAUACUAGAUGAAACACACGUGAUUGAUGGGCAGUCGGUAUCAUCACUGGAGUUCCAGUCCAUUUUGGCUGGGCUGACAUCUCUCAAGCUCCGUGCUUCGUAUUUCCCACAGAGUACCGUGACUUUCAAGGAGGUAACUUUGGAGACUGCCGUGAAUGAGCGAGGUAUACCAGGUGAAGUUUCGGUUGGAUUUGUAGAAAAUGCUACGUGUCACACAAACUACUCAGGGCUAUCGUGUGAAUUGUGUGCGCCAGGGUACACUCGUGAGGUGAAUGGAAGUGGGCCAAGUGGCCGUUGUGUUCUUUGUUCCUGUAAUAACCGGAGCACAGAAUGUGACAGGGAGACUGGGGCGUGCACCAACUGUCAAGUGGGUACCUAUGGUGACCGCUGCCAUUUGUGUACAAAUAAUGUGCUGGGACCAGAAUGCACUCAGUGUGGGCCUGGCUAUUGGGGACUGUCAGAAAAUGGUUGCAGAGCCUGUGAUUGUCACCCUGUUGGAACUGCCUUUGGAAACACAACCUUAUGCGACCAAGUGACUGGUCAAUGUGAGUGUAACACAACAGCUAGAAUAGGGGGCAGGCGCUGUGACAGGUGUAUGGAAAAUAGCUGGAAUACUUCAGACAGUUUGUUCAGCUGUAGAGAAUGUUCCUCCUGUUACUCUUCUAUCCAAGAGGAUGUGAAUGUUGUUCGCACCCGGCUCCUAGACAUAGAAGAUGAUCUCUCGGCUCUUAUGAAACAUCCUGCAUUACUUCACAAUCUCACAUUUGUGGAGCGAUUGCACCAGCUGGCCACGGAAGUCAGCGUACUUACCCAAACAAUCAGCAGAGCAUUGGAGAUAGAAGGAAAUUUAACAUCUCAGUGGCUAACGUUUGCAGUUGCAUGCCACGACUUGAGUACCAACCUAAACCACACUGAGACAACUUAUGUGAAUCACACACUUUAUUAUGCAGCUGUAGUGGAUGCCAAUAGAAAAGAAAUCGAGAGCACUGUUACGCAGAUUCGUGAUGUAGUCAGGGAGGCAGCCCGCUUAUUGGGAACUCCUAUGAGACACAAACUAGAACAGAACGAAGUGUUGUCCAGAUCCCUGGCGCUCGUAGCAAAGGAGUUGAUAGGUGUCGCAGAAGGUGUGAUUGAACAUAAAAAUCGCACCGUCGCAAUUAAUGGGACAAUUUUUGCGCGUGUAGAAUCCGCAUUGGAGACAGCAAGCAAUGCUACUGAAAAAGCACAAGAUGCGAAUUCUACCCAGGUUCAACUGACUAAUCUGCUGCAGCCACUGUAUGAAAACGUAUCAGCAGCAAAUACUCUUGGAGAGCAAACAGUGGCAUUGGUGUUAAGCAAACUCACCAGUGCUAGUAAAGCGUAUAAUGACAGUGAAACAAUGAUAGCCGAGGCUAGUCAACCAAACCCUAACAGGAGCAGUGUGUUACAAGAUUUGAAAAGAAAGACAAUUGAGGCAAGAAAUCUGGCAGCGCAUUUCCUCAAUCAAACCAGCGAACUAUAUCAUUCCAGUGCGGCUGUGGCUGGUCAGGUUCACGCUGCCAUAGAAAGAUCGGUACAUCUGGAAGAGGAAGUACAAAACGUGUUGUUAAAUGGUACACAGCUUCUACAGAGAUCCCAGGCUGCAUUAAGUUCCACACAGGCUUCUGUCUCAAGAGCUAACAAGGUGCAUGAACAUGCGAAGAGAAUGUUGAAUGUCGCGAGCAACUUUGAAGCUGAAUCUCGUCAGGUCCAGGCCUCUGCCAACAGGUCCUUGUUAACUGUUUCCUCCGCUCGCACCAACGCUCACGACAUUUUAAGGAAUGUUUUUGCAGUGAAUGAAUCUUCUGCAAACUCGCUGAAAACGGUUGAGGAGGCUCUGCAACUUGGAGACGUGGUUGAUAAAUCUUCUGCUUCCGAAAAGCAGGUCGUGAAGAAGGCUCUCCGCCUGGCGUAUAAAUUGUGGAACGAGACAACUGGAGUGAACAUGGUAGGUAACGCUACUAUGGAAGACUUCAUGGCUCGAAAUAUAGAACCCAUCCAGAAACUCUGUCAAAACCUGUCGACAAAAGCCUCCAACUUGUCAAACAAUGGCCACAUUAUUCUUCAUAGAGCUGCUCAUACAAACGCUACUGUGCAUCAACUAAUUAUUUUGAUUAGACGCGUGAUGAAUGAAAGCUCUGGUUUGCCUCGAGUCAGAGUGGACGAUCUGCCCACUCUCAGGGAGGGGGUGAAUUCAGCCCGACAGCAAUUUGACGGGCUUCAACUCCAGCCCCAGUUAGAGGAGUUAAAAAGAGAGCUUCAACUACAGAAGACAAAGAUGGCAAUUUAUAAAGAGCGGAUUCACCAGCUUCGGUCUGAUAUUCAGAAAUAUAAGGAUUUAGUAAGGUCUCUACCUUCCUUUAAGCUUUGCUAACUUUGCUAAUAGAGAGGAGCUGAAAAACUAGAUUAUGUAACCAAACAUCCAUGGGACAUUGCGGACAGUCACAAGGCCUUACGCAAGCCCUUUUGGUAUUGAGUAACACAACUUUACUGAUCAGACCACUUCAGCACAGCCUGGAGAGAUUUUUCAGGUUUUUUUUCUUUUUGACUGUGUCAAAACAACACAUCAAGACUUAAACUGAGACAUGGAGUAUCUUUGUAGCCGGUUAACUACAAAGUUUUAUGGCCAGUUUUUCGGUCUUUGGCCCUUGAUGUAAUUAAGACUGCUUACAAGUUCCGCAGGCUGUUCGACUAAGGGCCUGUUUACAUGGAGGUGGGGGACCCCAGGUAGGUGAGGUAACCCGCCUAGCCGUGGUCGAAAAAUAAAACGCGUUUCCAUGCAAUCUUAUAACCCCGGCGUACUGGGGUGAGGUUUCUUGAGGUUGUUGUUGUGCUUGCAAUUGAGGAGUUUGAGCGGAGGUUACCCUACCUGGCAGACCGGACAACCCGCCUAGGCGGGUCACCCCACCUAUCAUGUAAACGUGAUCAAGAUAAAAUAAGAAAUCAUAUGGACAGGCGAGUUACCCCACCUAGGCGGGUUACCUCACCUACCUGAGGUCCCCCACCUCCAUGUAAACAGGCCCUACUAGUAUCAUGAUUUGCUGAUGAACGAGUAUUCAUGCUUCCCCAAUACUGGAAUAAUACUAUCCCACUCCAGUAUGUGCUAAUUACAAACUUUUGGAGACUAUGCUGAAGCAGUGAUUUCAAUUGCUAUAGUAGUCUUCAAUUUCAGCGCCUUAAAAAGUUAGAAAGUUUGAGAACAGACAGUGUAAGUCAGUAAAAAGCUCCUUAAAGAUUCCAAUCAAGAUUGUUUGCUUUUAACUCUCGAUCCGGAAAAGAGGUCUGUUAAUUCAGUUAUUCGGUGUUGGCAUCCUCGUUAUGGAAAUUAAAGAACUCAAAAUUCGAGGUCUUUCAAGGGAUAACCGUGAGAAUGCGAUUCUUCAUGAUCAGUUGUAGCAGGGUGCAGGCGUUCAAUUUGUAAACAUGACUCUGUUAAAAUGGGUCGCAAGCGUGGCGCAGAACAUAGAAAGAAGUGAGGUUUGCAACAGGUCUGUGCUACCGUCACGCCCCGUUUACAAACUGAACGCCUGAAAAUACAAGUGAAAUUAGUUAGUAUCAUUUUGAUAAUGCUAAUGAUGUUACUAUUAUUUGGUAAUUUGGCGUAUGUCAGAGAGUAAUUUAUCAAAAGUUGCGUCAUUACUGGGUACUAAGAUCCACCAACAGCUGUGUUCCAGUGUAGGUAUUUGUGGUCCCUCAAUAAAAAAUGUGU